AUGGGCACACGCCUGCUCCUGCUGCCUUCUCUUGCACAUUUGUCCCUGGAUCCCACAGCCACCAGCCCCGCGGGGGUCCUAAACCACUGCCCACCUGGAACAGGGAGCUCAGCACCUCCCCCAGGAGGUCUGUCUGCCUGGGUCUGGUCCCACCUGGCCCCGCGGGGGUCCCGUGAAGGUUACUCACAGGCUGGAGGGCGUAAACGUCUUGGACUCCUCCCUGGCCGUUGGCCUGGUGAGUACCGCUCGCUCUGGAACUGGGGGUGCCUCGAGGACAGCCUUGCAGCCCUGACCCCAGCUCUUCACUCUGUCACUGAGGCUGCGCCCUAG